UUGUCUUCUUUAUUGAAUCCUUUUUUUUAAAAAAUCAAUUUAUCAUCUACAAUACACAUAUCAAUAAUGGAUCAUCGAAUCUGGUCAUUAUCAACGAUUAAUUUGAUUAUCAUCAUUAUAAUUUUAGCCAUUGUUUGGCAACCAUUAUUAACAUCAUCAAUUAUUGAUGAUUCAUUGCCAUUAUCAUCGACAUCGGCGGAAAAUCAUCAUCACCAUCAUCAUUCAACCAUAACGGAAAAACAUCAACGUCAUCCAAAAAUAUCGAACUACACAAAAGCUGAAAUAUGGAUGAAACGAUUUAAUUCAAGAUUUCAACCAUUAUUGAAACAUUGUUUACAAUCAACUUGUCAGUGUCUAGCCAAUCUAGAUAAUCUGGCCACAAUGGCCAAUGUACGUAUUAUGAUAGAACAAAAUGAUCAUUCCAAACAAAUUAAUCUUACAUCAAACCAACGACGUCGUAUGGCAACCAUAUUAUUAACAAAUAUAAUACGUUUAGAUCGUUUUCGUGAAAAAUGGACGGAAGAAAAUUCGUUGAUUGAUGACGAUGAAAAUCAAGAUCAAGGUAAGAUGGUGGAACAACAUCAUCUAGAUUCAUGGUUUGAAUGUCGAUUAUCGAAAGAAUCGAUUUGUCCUGAUUCAUUAUCAAAUCAUCAUAUUAAUUAUUAUGAAAAAAAUCGACAACAAUUAUUAUCAUUAUUAAUGCCGGAUUUUUUGGCCGAAUCACAACGUACAAUGAAUAAAAGUGAAAAAUCAUUAUCAAUGUUUUCAUUUGAAUUCAUACAAAAUCUUGAUAAUCUAUUACGACAUUUAAAUCGUAAUCUAAUUUCAUUACCACCGAUCACAUCAUCAUCAAAUAUAUCGAUGAAAUUGGAAAAAUGGUUUGGACGUGAAAAUAUUAUCGAUGAUCUGAAUCGUAUCCAUAAUUUGAAUAAUAAUGAUCCUGGUUUAAUUAUCGAAACGAUGGCAUUAAUCAUUGUUAAUCGAUUGGUCAAAGGUGAAAGAAUUGAAUUAUUUGAAUCAAGAUUUUUGCGUGAUAUAAUCGAUAGAUAUGGUAUAAAACGUUCUACAUCUGAAUCUGCUAUACAUUCAUCAUUUUCAAACGAAAAUCUCGUAAUCAUUGAUCAAUAUGGAUUGGCCAGAUUACUCAAUGAUCUACAUAUUGGUGGUCUAAUCAAUCAAUCGAAUCAUGAAUCAACCGUAACUCGACAUCGUGAACAUCGAUCUGCACCACACGAGAAUCACCACAAUCAUCAGGUUAAAUUUCUUAUGAAUUCGAUUGAAAAUAAUGAUGAUCCAAUUGAAAAGAAUAUUGAAUGCUAUGAAUAUGAUUUCUAUGUGGAAAGAAUCAGACAAAUUCAACAUCAUAUGAAACAUCGAAACGAUGCUAAAAAUUCUUCGGAAGUGAAUUUAUUAACUGAAAAAGAACUUGAAUAUUUAGCGCCAAUUUUUCUACAGCAAAUUCUUUCGAAAGCCUGUGAACGUAUAAUGAUCGAUAGCGGCAAUGAUGAUAAUGGUGUUAUAAAAAGAAAAAUAUCACAUGAAAGACUUCAGUCUGAAUCUAGUCAUCAUUUUAAUCAUGCUGACGAUAAAUUGGUUGAAAAGAUGGAAAAUGUCAACAACAUUAGUAAUGCUAUCCUAUAUGGCAAUAUUUCUGUUCUCAUCAUAAGUCUAUCAUCUUUGGCCGGUAUAUUGCUCAUACCAAUACUGAAAAGUCGUGCAUUUACAUUGACCAUACAGCUGUUGAUUGGCUUAGCAUUUAGUUCAAUGUCUGGUGAUGCAUUAUUUCAUCUGAUUCCAGCCGUUCUUGGUAUUCAUUCACAUGAUAAACAUGAUGAAAAAAAUUCAACCAAUCCCCAUGAUGAUCAUAAUGAUGAAAAUCAUUUCGAAUUUCUUUGGUUUAUGGUUGCCAUCUCUGCAUCAAUUUAUGUACUAUUUCUUUUCGAAGUGAUCUCAAAUGCAUUAGCCAAAUUGAAAGAGGAUGGAAAAAAAUCCGCUAAAGAAUCCGGCCAUUCUCAUCAUCAUCAACAACAUUAUCCACAUCAUCAUCAUCAUCAGGAACAUCAUCAUGAUCAUCAUCAUGGACAUUUCACAAGUGAUGCUACACGUUCAAACAAUAAUCGAAUGAAAGAUUCAACAUUAUCGAUUCAGUCUUCAUGUGAUUCAUCAAAAAUGCCACCGACAGCAAUGGCAAUUACGAAUAUGUUAAUAUCUUCUAAUAAUAAAAUCGAAGAUUCAGCCAACACGUUAAGUCCAUCAAUAUUGUCAUCAUCAAAUUCAAAUACAACAUUGAUCGUUGAUAAAAUAUCUACUAAAAAUGAUGAUGAUGAUGAUGAUAGUAAAAAUGAUGGUGGUAUCAUCUGUUUGGGAAUGACAUCAUUAGCAUUAAUUAUUACGCUUAGCGAUUCCAUACACAAUCUUCUGGAUGGUGUUGCAAUCGGAAUUUCAUUCUCAAAUAGUAUUUCACGUGGAUUAUCCACAUCUAUUGCUGUGUUUUGUCAUGAAUUACCGCAUGAAUUUGGUGAUUUUGCUGUGAUGUUAUCGACCGGAAUGUCUGUACGACGUGCAGCAACAAUCAAUUUUGUUUCCGCAUUGACUUGUUUCAUUGGACUUUAUAUUGGCCUAUUGUUGGGCAGUUCGGAUCAGGCUAAUCGAUGGGCUUUGGCCAUAUGUGCUGGUCUUUUCCUUUACAUCGCACUCUGUGAUAUGUUACCUGAGCUUAAAGAGAUGACCAAUUCAAUUUCCACUCGACAAUGGUGGACAUCAUUUCUUAUGAAAAAUAUUGGAAUAAUUUCUGGUUAUUGUUUCAUGAUAUUGGUUGCCGUAUAUGAAGAUAAGAUUAAUUUCGCAUGAAUUCAUAUUCAAAUGAACAUUUAGCAGAAAAAAAAACCAGCACACAUAACAGAUAAAAAUGCAUAAAUUCCUUAUAAUCAUGAAAUGAACUCGAAUUAUGUAAAAAAAUUUAAAAUUUUUUCCCGUUAGAAUCAUUCAUCUAUUUACCGUGGAGGGAAAAAAUUGAUCUGAUAUUUCUGAUAUAGAUCCAAAAUUUAUUCAUAUUUUAUUUUAAAUAAUAAUAAGGAAAAUAAAAGCAAGUGAUGAUGAUGAUUAA